AUGAUAUAUCUUGAUUUACACGAUAUUCAUUCAUUACCUAUGAUGAAUAAAAUCUUAAAUCAACAUAAUGAAACAUUAUCCAAUCUAAAUGAUAAACAAUUAAAUAAUAAUAAUGAAAUUAUUCCUACUAAUAACAUUAAUGAUAAUUAUAACCAAUUAUUAUUAUUAUUUAAAGAUAUUGCUUCAAUACAAGCAUUUAAUACAAUAAAUAACCUUAUGGAUAAUAAUAAUAAAGAAAGUAAUUAUUCAUUAAAAAAUAAUAAUUUCAAUCAAAAAAUCAAUAAUUCAAUUAUAUUAAAACAAAAUCAAUUUAUUGGCAAUUCAUGUAAUCAUAAAGAAUGUUCUAUAAUAUUUAGAAUAAAAGAAUUAAAUGAUAAACUAAUUCAUUCUAAAGAUUUAUCUUUAUUAAAAACGUUUGAUAAUCAAUCCUUUAUACAUUUAUUACGUAAUAUAAACAAGGAUACUGUAUUGAAUAAUUUCAUCAUAAAGAAUAUAAUAAAUAAUUUGGAUGAUAAUGAAAAUCGAUCAGUUGAUCAUUUAUAUGAUUAUGAUAUUCAGAAAAUUAUUGAUUCAACAGAAACGAAUACUGAUCAUUCAAUAAAAGAAGUAUCAAAUAUGAAAAUCAAUAAAGAAAAGAAAUAUGAUGAUGAAAUAGAUAAACUAACUGGUGAAGAACAAAGUUUCAAUGAAUUACUCAGUAACAAUAAGUUAGAGAAUAAUUUAAUAAAUAAAGAAACAAAAAUAGAAGAUACAAAUAAAUUAUUAACAAACAAUAAUAGAAUAUCAAUAAGUAAAAAAUAUAGAAGAAAACGUUCAGCAAAUAAUAUUCAUUCAGAAGUAUUCAAUGCAUAUUCAUCAAGUAAAAAAAAUAUACACAGAAACAACAAACAAAAAAAUAAUGAACAUCAAAAACAAAUAAAAGUAAACAAUGAAUACAAAAUAAAUAGAAGGAUUAAAAAGGAUAUUAAUACAGAUGAAGAAAACCAUGACAAAAUGAAGAAUAUAAAAAAAGAAUAUGAAGGCCUUAAUGAGUACGAAAAAGACACGCCAUCAAAAGAUGGAAAUAAUGAGAAAGAAAACGAAAACACAGGAGAAAAAAGAUUUGCAGAAAAUGAAAAACAAACAGAUGAAAAACAAACAAACAAGAAGAAGGAAACAGAUGAUACGAACACAAGUAAAUUACAAUACACGAACGACGAAGCAAUAAUUAAAGGUCAAGCUAAGACUGCAGAUAAUUCAAUGAUUCAGGACCACAGUCCAGAAACUCCAGUAUCCGAGGAAGUGACGACUGUCUCUCCAGCUCCAACUGCUGAUGUGUCAGUGAUUCAGGACUCGAGUCCAGAAACUCCAGUAUCCGAGGAAGUGACGACUGUCUCUCCAGCUCCAACUGCUGAUGUGUCAGUGAUUCAGGACUCGAGUCCAGAAACUCCAGUAUCCGAGGAAGUGACGACUGUCUCUCCAGCUCCAACUGCUGAUGUGUCAGUGAUUCAGGACUCGAGUCCAGAAACUCCAGUAUCCGAGGAAGUGACGACUGUCUCUCCAGCUCCAACUGCUGAUGUGUCAGUGAUUCAGGACUCGAGUCCAGAAACUCCAGUAUCCGAGGAAGUGACGACUGUCUCUCCAGCUCCAACUGCUGAUGUGUCAGUGAUUCAGGACUCGAGUCCAGAAACUCCAGUAUCCGAGGAAGUGACGACUGUCUCUCCAGCUCCAACUGCUGAUGUGUCAGUGAUUCAGGACUCGAGUCCAGAAACUCCAGUAUCCGAGGAAGUGACGACUGUCUCUCCAGCUCCAACUGCUGAUGUGUCAGUGAUUCAGGACUCGAGUCCAGAAACUCCAGUAUCCGAGGAAGUGACGACUGUCUCUCCAGCUCCAACUGCUGAUGUGUCAGUGAUUCAGGACUCGAGUCCAGAAACUCCAGUAUCCGAGGAAGUGACGACUGUCUCUCCAGCUCCAACUGCUGAUGUGUCAGUGAUUCAGGACUCGAGUCCAGAAACUCCAGUAUCCGAGGAAGUGACGACUGUCUCUCCAGCUCCAACUGCUGAUGUGUCAGUGAUUCAGGACUCGAGUCCAGAAACUCCAGUAUCCGAGGAAGUGACGACUGUCUCUCCAGCUCCAACUGCUGAUGUGUCAGUGAUUCAGGACUCGAGUCCAGAAACUCCAGUAUCCGAGGAAGUGACGACUGUCUCUCCAGCUCCAACUGCUGAUGUGUCAGUGAUUCAGGACUCGAGUCCAGAAACUCCAGUAUCCGAGGAAGUGACGACUGUCUCUCCAGCUCCAACUGCUGAUGUGUCAGUGAUUCAGGACUCGAGUCCAGAAACUCCAGUAUCCGAGGAAGUGACGACUGUCUCUCCAGCUCCAACUGCUGAUGUGUCAGUGAUUCAGGACUCGAGUCCAGAAACUCCAGUAUCCGAGGAAGUGACGACUGUCUCUCCAGCUCCAACUGCUGAUGUGUCAGUGAUUCAGGACUCGAGUCCAGAAACUCCAGUAUCCGAGGAAGUGACGACUGUCUCUCCAGCUCCAACUGCUGAUGUGUCAGUGAUUCAGGACUCGAGUCCAGAAACUCCAGUAUCCGAGGAAGUGACGACUGUCUCUCCAGCUCCAACUGCUGAUGUGUCAGUGAUUCAGGACUCGAGUCCAGAAACUCCAGUAUCCGAGGAAGUGACGACUGUCUCUCCAGCUCCAACUGCUGAUGUGUCAGUGAUUCAGGACUCGAGUCCAGAAACUCCAGUAUCCGAGGAAGUGACGACUGUCUCUCCAGCUCCAACUGCUGAUGUGUCAGUGAUUCAGGACUCGAGUCCAGAAACUCCAGUAUCCGAGGAAGUGACGACUGUCUCUCCAGCUCCAACUGCUGAUGUGUCAGUGAUUCAGGACUCGAGUCCAGAAACUCCAGUAUCCGAGGAAGUGACGACUGUCUCUCCAGCUCCAACUGCUGAUGUGUCAGUGAUUCAGGACUCGAGUCCAGAAACUCCAGUAUCCGAGGAAGUGACGACUGUCUCUCCAGCUCCAACUGCUGAUGUGUCAGUGAUUCAGGACUCGAGUCCAGAAACUCCAGUAUCCGAGGAAGUGACGACUGUCUCUCCAGCUCCAACUGCUGAUGUGUCAGUGAUUCAGGACUCGAGUCCAGAAACUCCAGUAUCCGAGGAAGUGACGACUGUCUCUCCAGCUCCAACUGCUGAUGUGUCAGUGAUUCAGGACUCGAGUCCAGAAACUCCAGUAUCCGAGGAAGUGACGACUGUCUCUCCAGCUCCAACUGCUGAUGUGUCAGUGAUUCAGGACUCGAGUCCAGAAACUCCAGUAUCCGAGGAAGUGACGACUGUCUCUCCAGCUCCAACUGCUGAUGUGUCAGUGAUUCAGGACUCGAGUCCAGAAACUCCAGUAUCCGAGGAAGUGACGACUGUCUCUCCAGCUCCAACUGCUGAUGUGUCAGUGAUUCAGGACUCGAGUCCAGAAACUCCAGUAUCCGAGGAAGUGACGACUGUCUCUCCAGCUCCAACUGCUGAUGUGUCAGUGAUUCAGGACUCGAGUCCAGAAACUCCAGUAUCCGAGGAAGUGACGACUGUCUCUCCAGCUCCAACUGCUGAUGUGUCAGUGAUUCAGGACUCGAGUCCAGAAACUCCAGUAUCCGAGGAAGUGACGACUGUCUCUCCAGCUCCAACUGCUGAUGUGUCAGUGAUUCAGGACUCGAGUCCAGAAACUCCAGUAUCCGAGGAAGUGACGACUGUCUCUCCAGCUCCAACUGCUGAUGUGUCAGUGAUUCAGGACUCGAGUCCAGAAACUCCAGUAUCCGAGGAAGUGACGACUGUCUCUCCAGCUCCAACUGCUGAUGUGUCAGUGAUUCAGGACUCGAGUCCAGAAACUCCAGUAUCCGAGGAAGUGACGACUGUCUCUCCAGCUCCAACUGCUGAUGUGUCAGUGAUUCAGGACUCGAGUCCAGAAACUCCAGUAUCCGAGGAAGUGACGACUGUCUCUCCAGCUCCAACUGCUGAUGUGUCAGUGAUUCAGGACUCGAGUCCAGAAACUCCAGUAUCCGAGGAAGUGACGACUGUCUCUCCAGCUCCAACUGCUGAUGUGUCAGUGAUUCAGGACUCGAGUCCAGAAACUCCAGUAUCCGAGGAAGUGACGACUGUCUCUCCAGCUCCAACUGCUGAUGUGUCAGUGAUUCAGGACUCGAGUCCAGAAACUCCAGUAUCCGAGGAAGACUCGAGUCCAGAAACUCCAGUAUCCGAGGAAGUGACGACUGUCUCUCCAGCUCCAACUGCUGAUGUGUCAGUGAUUCAGGACUCGAGUCCAGAAACUCCAGUAUCCGAGGAAGUGACGACUGUCUCUCCAGCUCCAACUGCUGAUGUGUCAGUGAUUCAGGACUCGAGUCCAGAAACUCCAGUAUCCGAGGAAGUGACGACUGUCUCUCCAGCUCCAACUGCUGAUGUGUCAGUGAUUCAGGACUCGAGUCCAGAAACUCCAGUAUCCGAGGAAGUGACGACUGUCUCUCCAGCUCCAACUGCUGAUGUGUCAGUGAUUCAGGACUCGAGUCCAGAAACUCCAGUAUCCGAGGAAGUGACGACUGUCUCUCCAGCUCCAACUGCUGAUGUGUCAGUGAUUCAGGACUCGAGUCCAGAAACUCCAGUAUCCGAGGAAGUGACGACUGUCUCUCCAGCUCCAACUGCUGAUGUGUCAGUGAUUCAGGACUCGAGUCCAGAAACUCCAGUAUCCGAGGAAGUGACGACUGUCUCUCCAGCUCCAACUGCUGAUGUGUCAGUGAUUCAGGACUCGAGUCCAGAAACUCCAGUAUCCGAGGAAGUGACGACUGUCUCUCCAGCUCCAACUGCUGAUGUGUCAGUGAUUCAGGACUCGAGUCCAGAAACUCCAGUAUCCGAGGAAGUGACGACUGUCUCUCCAGCUCCAACUGCUGAUGUGUCAGUGAUUCAGGACUCGAGUCCAGAAACUCCAGUAUCCGAGGAAGUGACGACUGUCUCUCCAGCUCCAACUGCUGAUGUGUCAGUGAUUCAGGACUCGAGUCCAGAAACUCCAGUAUCCGAGGAAGUGACGACUGUCUCUCCAGCUCCAACUGCUGAUGUGUCAGUGAUUCAGGACUCGAGUCCAGAAACUCCAGUAUCCGAGGAAGUGACGACUGUCUCUCCAGCUCCAACUGCUGAUGUGUCAGUGAUUCAGGACUCGAGUCCAGAAACUCCAGUAUCCGAGGAAGUGACGACUGUCUCUCCAGCUCCAACUGCUGAUGUGUCAGUGAUUCAGGACUCGAGUCCAGAAACUCCAGUAUCCGAGGAAGUGACGACUGUCUCUCCAGCUCCAACUGCUGAUGUGUCAGUGAUUCAGGACUCGAGUCCAGAAACUCCAGUAUCCGAGGAAGUGACGACUGUCUCUCCAGCUCCAACUGCUGAUGUGUCAGUGAUUCAGGACUCGAGUCCAGAAACUCCAGUAUCCGAGGAAGUGACGACUGUCUCUCCAGCUCCAACUGCUGAUGUGUCAGUGAUUCAGGACUCGAGUCCAGAAACUCCAGUAUCCGAGGAAGUGACGACUGUCUCUCCAGCUCCAACUGCUGAUGUGUCAGUGAUUCAGGACUCGAGUCCAGAAACUCCAGUAUCCGAGGAAGUGACGACUGUCUCUCCAGGUGCAACUUCAUCUAUAUCAGUUAUUGACAUUCACUUUGGUGGUAUUAUUAAGUCUAUAAACAACGAAGUGUUAGAAGAUAAUGAUAAAGUUUCUCCGCAUGUGAUUUCAACUGACAUUCCAAGGAACAGAAAUAUUAACAUACAUAUUAGUGGACCUUAUAUUCAUGAGCAUAAUCGGCUUGAAUUUAAAUAUGGUUUAACAAUUGGUUUCAUUUUAUUAUGUAUUCUGGUCAUUAUGUUAGUUCUGUCUACAAUUCUUGUUCUCAUUUGGAUUCGUCAUCGACGUAAUAAGUAUUCUGGUAGUAUAACCCUGUCACAUAUUGAAGAAAAUGAUAACAAUGUACAAAAUACCUCAUUAGGAAAAAAUAGAUUUCGAUCUAGAAACAGUACACAUGAUUCAUUUACAGCUGUAGAAGGAAUAGUUAAUGAAAGCAAAAGUAAUAAACCUACUAAUUCAAUGAAAACACCAGCAUUGCAAAAACGCCUUGAACUACGAAGAAAACAACAUAUAAAAGCUAAAAUAUUAGCUCAUGAAGCUUUACUUUCCACUGAUGAUUGUUCUUCAUGUGAUUGUGGUUUUACUUUUAAAUCUCCCAACCCUGAACAUCUCUGUUUAACAUCGAAUUUAGAUAAUGAUGUUAUAUUAACUGGUGCAUGGCGUAGACAAAGCAAUGAUAGCGGUGAUAGAAAAAACCAAACAAAUCAAAAUAUAUUAAAUUCUGUUGAACAUACUCAUGAUAAAGAAGAUGAAUUUCCAGAUAUUCCUUCUAUAAAUACUAAUAAUUUUAUUAAAAAUAAUGAAACUGCAUCUCAUUAUCAAGAGAUAAGUAUGAACAAACCCAGUAUAAGUUCAAAAGCAUGGAAAUAUAUUGAUGAAAAUUAG